GUGGGAUGGGAGUCUCAUUUCAUUUUUGAAAAAAAAUAAUAAUGACCCCUCGUUACUUCUAUCUACACCAGAAGCAGAUAAAAGCAACUCAAACAACAGAAUAAUCUGACAAUUUCCUUCGCAGAGAAGGAGAGGAGAAAGAAAAGCAGAUAGAUAGAGAGAGCUACGAAAGAUCAUCAAGAAAAGGCGUGUCAUCACAACUCACAAGAGGGAGUAUAUUAGAGACCGUUUAAAAAGAGAGGGCAUGUUUUGAGAGAACAAAAGACUGGAGGAGCCCUCCCCUAGCCUUAAUCCUUUUCGCAAUUUUGCUCUUAGAUUCUUAGCCACUCUUGUUUUUCCUUCUCGUUUUCUUGUGCUCUAUGCAUCAAAACUUGUAGAAAAGAGGACUUUUUGGUGGUGCAUCCCAUAGAAAACUGAGUUUUCUUCUUUCAGAAACACAAGUAUGGUCUGAUAAAGAAGUUUUGGGUUCUUGCAUGGCGAGUCAAAGAGUUGGUGAGGCUGGUUUUUCCAACUCAGGACCCUCACAUCAUCAUCACCACAAUACUAUGCCUUACGCUGUUUUUCGUGGGCUCAACCCUCCUAGUACAUCCUUCAUGUACUUUUCCAUCACCUCAGAUCAUUAAGUUCUUUCGUCUUUUUUCUUUAAUCAAGAAGGAUCUGCUUUUGAUUUUGGAGAGCUAGAGGAGGCUAUUGUGCUGCAAGGAGUUAAGAUCAACAAUGAUGAAGCCAAAACACCUUUAUAUGCAGCAACCGUCAGGCCUGCAGCAACUCUGGAAAUGUUCCCUUCUUGGCCCACUAGACUUAUUCAGACUCCUAGAGGAAGUUCAAAGUCUGGAGAGGAGAGUACUGAUUCAGGUUCAGCAGUAAACACACUAUCGAGUAGAGCUGAGGCCAGACUGGAACCGGAAUCCCCCAUCAGCAAAAAAUCAUCAUUGGAACCUCAAGGACUUGAGCAGAAGCAUCUUCAGCUACCAAACCAACAGCAACAGCUAGAGAUGGCUAAUGAUGGCUCGAGAGUAGAAAUGCCACAGGAUCAUCAACCAGCUGGUGGAAAACCCACAACUGAAAAGAGAAGAGGGCCUGGUUCAACUUCAGAGAAAGUGCUCGAUGCUAAGACAUUGAGACGUUUAGCACAAAACAGAGAAGCUGCGAGGAAAAGUAGGCUUAGAAAAAAGGCCUAUGUACAACAGCUAGAAACAAGCAGGAUAAGGCUUACUCAACUUGAACAAGACCUUCAACGAGCCCGUGCUCAGGGAUUUUUCUUGGGUGGUGGUGGUGCUCCUGGUGGGAACAUCAGCUCAGGAGCUGCGAUAUUCGAUAUGGAAUAUGCAAGAUGGCUAGAUGAUGAUCACAGGCACAUGUCAGAGCUUCGAACUGCUUUGCAAGCUCACUUAUCAGAUGGUGAUCUGAGGGUGAUAGUUGAUGGAUACAUUGCACAUUAUGAUGAGAUUUUCCGCCUCAAGGGAGUAGCAGCCAAAUCUGAUGUAUUCCAUCUCAUCACUGGAAUGUGGACUACUCCUGCCGAAAGAUGCUUUCUUUGGAUGGGCGGUUUUCGUCCCUCUGAGCUAAUCAAGAUGUUAAUAACGCAACUAGACCCUUUAACGGAGCAGCAAGUUGUGGGGAUAUAUGGUCUCCAACAUUCUUCGCAACAAGCCGAGGAGGCUCUCUCGCAAGGAUUGGAACAAUUGCAGCAGUCUCUGAUUGAAACUAUAGCCGGUGGCACUGUCAAUGAUGGGAUGCAUCACAUGGCUGUUGCCUUAGGCAAGCUCACCAAUCUUGAAGGUUUUGUCCGUCAGGCCGAUAAUUUAAGACAGCAAACUCUUCAUCAUCUGUUGCGAAUAUUGACAGUUCGACAAGUGGCACGAUGUUUUUUGGUCAUUGGAGAGUACUAUGGUCGACUCCGAGCACUUAGCUCCCUUUGGGCAUCACGGCCAAGAGAGACUAUGAUUGGUGAUGAGAACUCUUGCCAAACAACCACCGAUUUGCAGAUGGUACAAUCUUCCCAGAAUCAAUUCGCCAACUUCUGAUCCUAGCUCAGAGUAGCCUGAUAGAGUAUUGAUGUUCAAAUCCCAUAGCCUCCUCCCAUGCCUCUUAGCUUUAGGGCUUCCCAAUCUAUAUACUUUAGAGGAAGUAGCAUUUCUUGAAAAUUCUAGCUUGUUAAAAUCCUUGACUUGUAUUAUGAUCUUGUAAAUGUAAAUCAGAUCUAUCUGCAUCAGGAAGCUCCCUAUGAAUUAAUUUAUGAAAAAAAAACAAUUUUAAAAUGUCGAUAUUUCUAGACGAUUAUGUAAUAUCAUAUUCAAUC